AUGGCGUGGCGCGGCUGCUGCUGCUCCAGCUUGGGUCACCUGAAUGAGGAUAACGCCCGCUUCCUGCUGCUGGCCGCGCUCAUCAUCCUGUACAUGCUGUGCGGGGCCGCCGUGUUCUCGGCCAUCGAGCUGCCCACCGAGAGGGAAGCCAAGGAGAAGUGGGAGGAGAGGUUCGUGAACUUCAGCCAGAGGCACAACCUGAGCCGGGCAGAGCUGCAAGACUUCCUCCGGGAGUACCAAGAGGCCAGUGUGGCCGGGAUCCGGGUCGAUGACAUCCGACCCCGAUGGGAUUUUACCGGGGCCUUUUAUUUUGUGGGGACUGUGGUUUCAACAAUAGGGUUCGGCAUGACCACCCCAGCCACCGUUGGAGGAAAAAUUUUUCUGAUAUUUUAUGGCCUUAUAGGAUGUGCAGGGACCAUUUUAUUCUUUAACCUGUUCCUGGAGCGCUUGAUCACGGUCAUAGCCUACAUCAUGAAAUCCUGCCAUGAGAGACAGCUGAGGAGAAAAGGGGUCCUCCCUCAUGACAGCCGGCGAGGCUCAGGGAACUCUGAGGUGGACAGCUUGGCAGGGUGGAAGCCAUCUGUGUACUAUGUCAUGCUCAUUUUAUGUGUAGCAUCACUCAUCAUUUCCUGUUGUGCCUCUGCAAUGUACACACCGAUUGAAGGGUGGAGUUACUUUGACUCACUUUACUUUUGCUUCGUGGCCUUCAGCACUAUUGGUUUUGGUGACCUGGUCAGUAGCCAAAAUGCCCAGUAUGAAAGCCAAGGCCUUUACCGAUUUGGCAACUUUGUCUUCAUACUCAUGGGGGUUUGCUGUAUCUAUUCCUUAUUUAAUGUGAUCUCGAUUGUUAUCAAACAGUCCAUAAACUGGAUAUUAAAGAAGCUGGAUUGCAGGUGCUGCCCCAGAUGCCAAAGAAAAUUCUUUAGGUCACGGAGGAAUGUUGUGAUGCCAGGGAAUGUGCGGAGCCGGCGGAACAUCUCCAUUGAGACUGAUGGCGUCAAUGAGAGCGACACAGAUGGACGCCGGCUGUCUGGCGAGAUGAUCUCCAUGAAAGAUUUCUUAGCCUCCAACAAAGUGUCACUGGCCAUCAUGCAGAAACAGCUGUCAGAAACUGCCAAUGGCUACCCAAGGCAGUUGAACUCUAGUUCUAAACAUAAUGGAUUCUCUGGCGGGGUAGGAGCCCUAGCGAUUAUGAAUAAUAGGCUGGCAGAGACAAGCGUGGAUAGGUAA